AUGACUAAAAACAACCUGGAUGUCCAUCUCAAAUGGCUGCUGAACCAAGGCCGUUCACUGUAUCCUUCCCUCACAUCAUUCGCCCAAGAGAUUCAGGAAUCCGCUAGCCGCCGAGUCACAACGGGUCAACAGACUUCGCAAAUCAAUGCGACGGUCAUCCAGGCAGACAGUAUCGAUGUUAGCGACUCUCAAGCCAUUGCAGGGACAAGAUUCGGGCAUGAUGAUGGUGAUGAUGCUGGAGGCAAUACCACAGAGUUAGAUCCCGACACGAAUAUGGCACGAUUGCUACUUGCUCCCCAGUCCGCGAGUAAACCACGAAUGCUCAGUCGUGAGAGCCACUUGACCAGUACACCGAAUUCCGCAGGACGACGGACAUCGGUGAAGUCUUUCACCGAACAGAGAGCUACGGCUGACCAGCGUGGUCUUGGCCAAGCGAGUCAAGGGGACUGGUCUGCUUCCUUUGGCAGUGCUUCUCGGCCGACUGCUACCCCUCUUCGAACGAAACGCCGGGUGGAUCUGACAUCGCCUCUAAUCGAUUCCAUUGAUUUAACAGGAGACUUGGAUCGCCCUUUAGCUUCGUCUGAUACGGUUGAAGAUUUUGGUUCACCACGACGGCUAUGGACGGAGGAUGCUGCGUCCCUCAGAGAACCAUUUGAAAAGCGUGGCAAGAAACGGAAAAGUGAUGAGUAUCGAUCCGAUCUCCUGUCACCAAGAAAGAUUGUUCAAAAACAUCUUACUCCCUCGCCACUCGUCACUGCGAAAUCUGCGUAUCCAGAUGGAUCAGAAAAAUUUCAUUCGGCGAAAGAUGACAGUGGCUCACCUCUCUCAAGGCUAUGGGAACGUGGGUCGUCAUUAUCUCGAACUAGUCGCACUGAUCGUAUCAUUGCCGAUUCCGAUGAUAAUGACGAUGAUGAUAAUCUAUUCGAGUGGAUUGAGGAAGGUGAACCCGCUCUCGCUACCCCUGAUGCGUUGUAUCCGGUUCUGCCGAAGGAUUUAUCCACGAGUGAUACUGAGAUCAUUGAGCCCAAGAAACGCUUGAAGAAAGAUGGUUCUGCCUCUCUCCAGCCGACGGACAGUUCAGCUCCACGACCAAAGGAUAAGGACCAUUUGGACCAUAGGCAAACUUCAGGCGUACCGAUGUCUUCCUAUCUACCAGGAUCUCAGCCCCACGAUCCAGUCAUUCUCGGGUUCUUGAAUUCCCCUGAAAGCUUUCUUGAUCACUUGUUGUCGAAUCUUCAGAACACUCUUACGAAGAAUUCGGAAAUCGUCUACCAACGAGCAAUGAUGGGUGAACCAGCCCCUGAGUUCAUAUCUGAGAAUAAAACUAUCACAAAAAAGAUUGAAGCCAUUGGGUUGCUAAAGCAAGAGAAAAAGGCUUAUCAGACUCUAGAAAGACGGAAAGGGAACCUCAAGAAAGCACUUAUCGACUUCAUUUCUCGUGGCGGAGACCCACAGUCUAUGCCGGACGAGAUUGCGCAAAGUCGAGAUGUCGCGUCAAAGCUCCAAGGCAUCGGAGAGCAAAUGGGCCUCCUGCUUGCAAAAGUUGGUAUUGACUCCGACACGAUUGGAAAAAUUGGCCGAGAUAUGCGAAGUGGCUCGGAAAUAGUCCCUUCUUCGUCUGGAAUUAGGGCUUCAAGGCAUUCGAAAGAAGUUCAGACGGAGGUUCUACAAACAUCCUCUGUCUCGCGCCACAGAGCGCCCGUACGGACGCCAUCCGAGAUUUGCCUUGGUCGAAUGAUUGCAUCCGAACGUGUGUCCGGCACUACUUCCAGAACUCCCCGUGAUAGUACAAUAGUGAAGGAGUUCGACUUGGAUGAAUCAGCGAUAUGUGAAGAAACUGACACUUUUACAAGGACUAUGGGAAGCCCGUCUCAUUCUUUUGGUGAUGUGGAUGAAUUCGACCUGGAGGCAGAUGAUGCAGAUAUGCUGGAAGUUGCAGAGCAUUUUGAUAGCAGGCUUGCAUCAACAAACGAGAGAUCUGCAUCUCCGGCACGUAAAGUCUUCGUCGAGACGUCCGGAAACAUUUCAAGAUUUGCGGGAACGCAAAAAUCACAGACUCACAACCCUUUGUGGAACCAGCAUCCAUGGUCGAAGGAUGUAAAACGUGUUUUGAAAGAUAAAUUUCAUCUUCGCGGAUUCCGAAUGAACCAGCUUGAGGCAAUAGAUGCAACUUUAAGCGGAAAAGAUACAUUCGUUCUCAUGCCGACAGGAGGAGGAAAGUCCCUUUGUUACCAGUUACCCUCUGUUGUGACUACUGGCUCAACCAGGGGUGUCACAAUUGUGGUUUCACCCCUCUUGAGCUUGAUGCAAGACCAAGUAUCCCAUUUGAAAGCGAUUAACAUCAAGGCGUUUUUGCUCAACGGUGAGACAAAACGGGAUGAAAGAACGUGGAUCAUGCAGACGCUGUCUGGACCAGUGGCCGAGGAACGCAUCGAGUUGUUAUACAUCACGCCGGAGAUGAUUAACAAGAGCCAGGCUCUUAUCCAAAGUCUAGAAAAGCUCAACAAACGCCACAGACUUGCCCGGAUUGUGAUUGACGAAGCCCACUGUGUCAGCCAGUGGGGACAUGAUUUCCGGCCGGACUACAAAGAACUGGGAGAAAUCAGGAAUCGGUUACCGGGCGUUCCAAUGAUAGCCUUGACAGCCACUGCAACAGAAAACGUUAAAGUUGACACCAUCCAUAAUCUUAAGAUGGAAGGCUGCGAGAUAUUUACACAAAGUUUCAACCGUCCCAAUUUGACAUACGAGGUGCGGCAAAAGGGCAAAAGUUCAGAGGUCAUGGACAGCAUAGCCAAUACGAUCAAAACAUCAUAUCCCAACAAGUCUGGCAUUGUCUACUGUCUGUCGCGCAAAGCUUGUGAAAGUGUUGCGGAGAUUCUGGCAUCUAAGUACAAAAUCAAGGCGGACUUUUACCACGCUGGAGUAGCAUCCGCCAAGAGGGCAGAAGUCCAAGAGCGCUGGCAGACCGGUCGUGUUCAUGUCAUCGUUGCCACCAUUGCCUUUGGAAUGGGAAUUGAUAAACCAGAUGUACGCUUUGUCAUUCACCACAGCAUUCCCAAGAGUCUUGAAGGGUACUAUCAAGAAACUGGACGAGCCGGUCGUGAUGGCAAGCGCUCAGGCUGCUAUCUUUAUUAUUCAUAUCGGGAUUAUACAUCCCUCCAAAGCAUGAUUGAUAAGGGUGAAGGCAGUAACGAGCAGAAGACUCGACAGCGUCAAAUGCUACGGAAUGUUAUGCAGUACUGCCUCAACCCAGCUGACUGCAGAAGAGUACAGAUUCUUGCAUACUUCAACGAAUACUUUCGUCAGGCAGACUGCAAUCGCUCCUGCGAUGUUUGCACCUCAGACACCGGUUUUGAACACCGUGAUUUCUCGCACCAUGCCAUUUCUGUCCUGAAAAUUGUCCGAUAUUUCGAGACCCUUGGAGAUAAUGUAACAAUGACCUAUUGCGUGCACAUGUUUCGCGGAACCAUGAAAAGAUUCCGUUCCCCCCAGCACAAGGAAGUCCCCGGCUUCGGCCUGGGGCAGGAAUCGGAACCGGGCGUCGUGGAUCGGCUUUUCCUGUGGCUCCUCAUGGAGGGUGCUCUGCGCGAAGAAAACGUCCUCAAUGGGAGCGCCUUUGCGAAUCAAUAUCUCAAGAUUGGUGAACGUGCUGUUGAUUUCGAGAGUGGGCGGCGUAAACUCAAGCUCGCCAUACCUGCUGGGUCAAAGCGCAAAUGCCCAGCUGCUGCUGCUGCACGUCCUCGGAUCGAAGCCCCACAGUCCACAAAUGUCUCAUCUCCCAUACAACAGUCGGCGAAUCGCCACCGCUUUGCACAGUAUCGUUACCAAGGCGACUCCGACGGAGAGAGGGAUAGCGAUGGCUUCGAGCGUAUUCGGAUAGCUGGCGAACCGCGGCGGCAAGACAGACGAAGUCCUGGCCCGCCGAUAACUGGAGAUAGUCGCUUUGACAACCUUGACUCGCUUCAUAGGACAGUUGCCGAAGAUUUUAUGUUCUACGCAAAGAACUUCUGCCAAGACUUGGUCCUCAAGAAGAAUCUUCGCAACCAGCCUUUCAGUGACGGAAUCCUGCGUGAGAUGGCCAUCGUCUUUCCAAAAAAUCUGCCAGAGCUUGCUAGACUCCCUGGGAUAGACCCAGACAAAAUUGAGCGAUACGGGCCUCAGAUAUUGAAACUCGUACGAGACGCUCAACGUCGGUAUGAAGAGCUGAAGCAGGAGCGUGAUGACAAUGACGGCGUCGUUCCAGACCCUAAUCAUCAUUGUGUAAUCACUCUUUGCACCGACGACGAGUUCAGCGAUCCCGAUGACAUUUUUGCCGAUCAAAUGGCAUCACUGGGAGGUGAUGAGGAUGUCAUCGCUAGUCGAUACUUCCCACCACAGCCGACGGCAGACCUAUCGGUUGGCGAAUAUCAAGAUACUCAGUCUAGUCGUUCGAAGAAACGAAAGCCGUCGUCUGCUCGUAAAUUUCGUCGCAAGAAUGUGACUGAAUCGAACUCUAGGGCCAAAACACCACGGCCAAGAAAGAAGACUGGUGACCGUGCUGAUAAGCGAACCUCUGGUCCCCGAACUGGUUUCAAGGCGAAGAGUACUGCCCAGAGUACGACCUCCAGCAUCGGAAUGAUGCCAAUCUAA